UGGCGUCGCGUGCCUCCAGUAGCUGGGCGAGACGUGUUACCCAGAGUGCACCGGGAGAAGGAGGAACAUGGCGCCGGUGGAGAGGCAUCGCUGACGCUCCGGGGGAAUAACCGUGCACUGCAAAUUUCUCUGGAAGGAAACCAUCGCGACCUAAAAUGCGAGUGUGAAAUGGUCCCUAUCCCGAAGCCUUGGAUAACCGUCGCUGUUUCAUUGAUGCAUAAAAGGAGGCCGGACGGGCUGGGAAGCACCUGCGACUGCAUCCAUAAACAUUUCUUUAGGACUCACAACCCCUGAGGUGAAUUCGUGGCUGUAAUACACUUUUAUUUCACCGACACAUGGGAAGAUGGCCGAAAUGUGUAGUGAAAUCGAGCUCCCGCAAAACGUUUGCAGGCUUCGCGAGGAGCACAAAAAGGUCGUCGGCGGCUGUGAAGGGCAGAUCCAGCACUGGAAAAAGUUGACGGCAGACUAUGAGUCCCUCCAGGCGCGGCUGCAGACUCUGCCCGACAGGCUCUCCUAUGACGUCACGGUUCCCUUCGGCCCUCUGGCCUUCAUGCCCGGGAAGCUGGUCCACACCAACGAGAUCAUGGUCCUGCUAGGGGAUAACUGGUUCGCCCGCUGCUCCACCAAGCAGGCCAUGGAAGUGGUGGAGCACAGGAAGAGACAUGUGAAAAACACUUUGGAGGACUUGGAAAAAGUGGCAAAGAGUUUUGAAGACAGGUUGGGCUUCACGGAUGGUGCAGAUGUCCUGGGGGGUAAAGGCGACUACGUGGACAUCCGAGAGGAGCUGGACGAUGAAAAAAUCCCCAUCAAAGGUGAGAGGCGGGUGGCACACCGGCCCAACUCCAAACCCAAGGUGGAGGCUGUGCUGCAGCUAGAGGAGGCUGCAGAUGGAGGGCGCCAGCGAGGCAUCCUGUCAGAGGAGGAACUGUGGGUCCGGCUGGAUGAGCUGGAAGCUCAGGAGGAGCUGAUGGACGAACAGGACAGGGCGCUGGAGGGCCCGGAUGGGAUUGGUGAAGACACCACGUCGUCUUCCUCUGAGGAGGAGAAGGAUGCAGGCGGCGGCCGCCUGACCAACGGCCUUCACCUGCGCGAGGCCUGGCCGCCCUCAUCCCCCAGCGAGGAGGAAGCCGCCUGCGUGCCAACGAUCUACUUCUCCCACACGGUGGAGCCCAAGAAGGUGAGGAUAAACACUGGGAAGAACACCACACUGAAGUACAGCGAGCGCAAAGAGGAAGCCAAGCGCAAGAGGAGGAACAGCGGCGGAAGUAACGGCCACUCGCUGCCCGAGCGGGCCAGGAUCCGGACUCCUGCCGACGUCUACAGGGUGUUCGUGGACGUGGUGAACGGUGAGCUGGUGCCCAGGAAGUCGAUCCUGAAGUCGCGCAGCCGCGAGAACAGCGUGUGCAGCGACACCAGCGAGAGCAGCGCCGCCGACACGGACGAGCGCCGCGGACCCCUCCGCUCCACCAGCCACGAGGAGGCGCCGCAGAGCGACGCCAGCGAGGGCAGCCCCGAGGAGGGCGCAGUGCCUGGCCGGGCCCCGCCGACUCCUGGCCCUUCAGAGCAGGCAUUUUCUGGGACAGUGGUGGAGAAGGACCCUGGGCUGCAGCCAUCGAUUCCCCAUCUGACCAUCACUCCGCCAGGUCUGCCCACCAUCCCUGAGAGGAAGUCCGAGGAGCUGGCCCCCGAGGGCCCCCCGGACCCCCCCAAGCGGGUGUCCAAGUUCAAGGCGGCCCGCCUGCAGCAGAAGUGACCAGUCCCCCCCCGGCUCAGGCCUUCCGAUUUAAGCCUCUGUUCGAGCUUCUGCUCUGUUUGCCGUCCUUCUGUCACUUGUUGCUUUUUCUAUCCUCCUGAGGACCGGCUGGAACGUUUAGGAAAAACAAGUUUAUAAAUGAGCACGAGCGCUCGUCUCUGCGGGGGGGGGAGGGCCACGAGCGAGAGGGUCUGCCUGUGUGAGACCGUGCGCAUCCUCGGGGGGCAGCCGCGGGCGUGUCUGAGCCGGGGGCACAGCACAGGCUGGUCAGUACUGAGCGGCACCUCCUUCAGGAAGACCUCCACGCACUACCUGAGCCUAGUGGGCGGAGCCAUCUGCUUUGACCCUCCCCACUCCCUGUUCAGUGGCCCCCAGCCCCUUCUGUUUAGAAAUCUUAGUUGCAUUUUAGCUGUCCUAAGUUCGCUUGUACAGAUCCAGGCCUGCGGGCCGCACCGCAAACUAUCUUCAGCUUCGUCCUUCUGUAACCUUUGACUUAUGUUGACUUCUAUGAGUAUUUCCCAGAGUUGGAAAGUUCAGGUCCAGAAAGUACAAAUCCAGACCAAGUUUUUGUUUCAACCAACCAGUUGAGUAUAAAGAGUCACAGAGCACUCAACUGGUUGGUUGAAACAAAAACUUGGUCUGGACCUGAACUUUCCACCUCUGCUAUUUCCAAUGUGACAUUAAGAUGCUUAACUUUGUGAAAUUGUUGUAAAAGGAAAAUAAAUGUUUUUGUGAACAUG